UGGAGUCACUUUCUCGGGGAACUGCUAAGCUUAAUGGUUGAAUUUAAAGCAUUGUUACUAUCUAAUAGAAAUGUGCUUUUCUCAUUUUUUACAUCUGUUCUGGGCUACUCACGCAAUAAUCUUCUACUGCCAGAAACAAUUGGAGAAAGGUUUGAAAAAUCUAAAAAGAACCAGAUCAUGCAUUUUAUUGUUGGCUUUGCUCUAACACUUCCUUCUUUUGCACUGCUAAACAUCCUUUCUUUGGUCAAAGGAGUGAAUGGUCAACUCUUACAUGUAAAAGAUGUUAAAAUAUUGGCUAGUAUGCUUUUGAAAAAGCGUCGUGAAUAUCAUAUUCAACAUGCAGAGUCUUGCCAAAAGUUAUCAAAGACAGAGGUUUAUAUCCUCUGCCUUCUACUGAGACUUGUGCUGAAUUUGUAUCUUCUUCACCUGGUGAAUGUGAAGACCUACUAUUGGAGGUGUUGUAGCAGGGUGAGCCAACCUCUAAAGUUCCAACUGUUUUGUUGCCUUUCAUCACUGUCUUGAGGAGUCUCACUAACUCAUUUUUUGGAGCUAUGAGUAAUAAAAAUCAGUUAUGCUUAAGUCAGAUGAUGAAGUUGAGAAUGUGAUUACAAAAGUACAUAAUGGAAUGGCUGAAAAAAG